AUGCCUUUCUACAGUGACGGUGGAGGGCCCACAGAGGCCCUGCUGCAGGUGGAGGCAGCCCUCAAGGACCAAGCCCAGGCUGAGGCUGAGAAUCUACUCGGUGGUGGAGUGCAGAGAGACUCGGCCGGCGUACCGAGGGUACUGUUCUUUCCUGGCUCGGGCAGCUCUCACUGUGUGUGUGUCCAGAACUCCUCCAGUGAAAAACCCUAACAUCCACGAUUAUGAGGGCUGCCCCCCGCCCCUCACGCUGAGUCAUGUCCUGUCAGAGAGUAGAGGGCGAGGUUAGACAAAAGGGGGCUCUGUGAAGGCUUGGCCACCUCACACCUCACACAAGGACUAUCUACAAGGGCCUAUAUACUGUUAUCUAAAACUUCAAGAGUUCUGAAUUAGAAUUACUGGGUAUCUGAUUGUCAGUUUGAAGAUAACCUCUGUUGAAUGGUUUCUGUUCUUUAUGCAUGCACAUUUUAGUUCAAUUAAUAUGCAAUAUGUCAACUAAUUGCAAGUGCAAAUGGCCAAAUACUGUACACACAAUAAUUAGGAAUAGAAGGGAAAUGUUUAAUACUACACUGAACCAAAAUAAAAAUGCCACAUGUAAAGUGUUGGGCCCAUGUUUCAUGAGAUGAAAUAAAAUAUUCCAGAAAUGUUCUAUGCACAAAGAUAACGCAUCCACCUAAUGCCAAGAUAAUCCAUCCACCUGACAGGUGUGGCAUAUCAAGAAGCUGAUUAAACAGCAUGAUCAUUACACAGGUGCAACUUGUGCUGGGGAUAAUAAAAGGCCAUUAAUGUGCAGUUUUGUCACGACACAAUGCCACAGAUGUCUCAAGUUUUGAGGGACCAUGCAAUUGGCAUGCUGACUGCAGCAAUUGAAUGUUAAUUUCUCUAGCAUAAGCCGCCUCCAAUGUCAUUUUAGAGAAUUUGGCAGUACGUCCAACCAGCCUCACAACCGCAGACCACGUGUUUGGCAUCUUGUUGGCAAGCGGUUUACAGAUGUCAACGUUGUGAACAGUGCCCCAUGUUGGCAUGGGAUUAUGUUAUGGGCAGGCAUUAGCAACGGACGAGCACAAAUGCAUUUUGUCGAUAGCAAUUUGAAUGCACAUAGAUACCGUGACGAGAUCCUGAGGACCAUUGUUACGCCAUUCAUCCGCCACCAUCACCUCAUAUUUCAGCAUGAUAAAGCACGGCCCCAUGUCGCAAGGAUCUGUACACAAUUCCUGGAAGCUGAAAAUGUCAAAGUUUUACCAUGCCCUGCAUACUCACCAGACAUGUCACCCAUUGAGCAUGUUUGGGACGCUCUGGAUAAACAGCAUGUUCCAGUUCCCGCCACUAUAUUUCGCAGAUACAUUGAAGAGUGGGACAACAUUCCACAAUCAACAGCCUGAUCAACUCUAUGCAAAGGAGAUGUGUCGCGCUGCAUGAGGCAAAUGGUGGUCACACCAGAUACUGACUGGAUUUCUGAGCCAUGCCCCUCUUUUCAAUUCAGAUAAUAAAAAUGCAUUGGUCACAUACACAUGGUUAGCAUAUGUUAAUACUAGUGUAGUGAUA